AGCAUGUGGGCGGAGCGAAGGAUUCGUGACAGAUCGCGCUGUACUGAACUGGACGCUGAUAUCUUCUUAUUAUUAUAUUGUCUAGAAUAACGCACAAGUGUCGCGAUGGUGUCGCACUCGCUGACUUUACCGAUGAUCGGGUUCACCACGCUGUGGGGUCUGGUCGGGGUUGUGGCCCCGUUUCUGGUACCGAAAGGACCAAACCGAGGGGUGAUCAUAACCAGUUUGGUGUUGACCGCCGUUUGCUGCUAUCUGUUCUGGUUAAUAGCGAUACUGGCUCAAGUAAAUCCUCUGUUUGGACCCCAGCUGAAAAACGAGACCAUAUGGUAUCUGCGCUACUUCUGGGAGUAGAUGGAGGUGUCGUAGAUCCUCAAUCUCAUCAGGCUUUUUUCUUUUAAAUGUCUCUAUUAUAAUCACUAAUACCCACACAAUAGAUU